AUGGGUGCGCGACGCGUUUGCUGGUACGUCUACAUGAAGAACGACGAGAAUCAUGAGUUAAUGCUUAUGAUAGUACCCACACUGUCUGCUUUAACGGUCGAAAACCGGGCUGAACCACUGGGAAUCGAUGUAAUCCCUCGUUUCUCGUGGAUUAUAUCUUCUUCAGUGGACAAUGAUGCCCAAAGUUCAUACCGACUGCGGGUCUCAGCUGGGACAACGCCCGCGGACGGCGAAAUAUGGGAUACAGGAAUAAUUUCAUCGAAAAGGUCGUACCUGAUCGAAUAUGGCGGGCCCACACUGGCUUCUGAUACCCAAUAUUCAUGGACCGUCGAGGUCACGACCGCAUCAGGCAGCACCUCUGCUUCAUCCAAAUUCUCCACAGGCCUAUUAACUAAUAGUGACUGGGGUUCCAGUUUAUGGAUUGGCAAACCAGCACCCGCUGAUGGUCCUUCCGCUGAUUUAAUUUCUUCGUUUCAAAACUCGUCAUGGAUAUGGACUCCUGAGACUAAUCCACCAAAUGCACCCGCUGGCGACAGAGUUUUCCGACGUACCUAUGUUCCUCCACCUGGACGACGUGUUGUGUCUGCCGAUAUCUUAAUCACAGCAGACGAUCAAUUUACAAUGUACGCUGACGGGACACUCGUUGGAUCCUCACCCACCACUGCAGAUAUCUGGAAAGACGCACAGUUUUUCUCCAUCCCUUUGUCAUCUAAUACUCCCGCUUUUGCGGUACGUGCCACCAACCUGCCUGAUGUGGGAACCGGUGGUGAUGGCCCUGCGGGACUGCUCGCCUCUAUCAAGAUUCAUCUCGACAACGGCAAUGCGGAAUUUGUACCCACUGAUUCUAGUUGGCUAUCAGACAAAUCAAUUCCAAGCGAUUGGAGCUCGGUGAACGCAUCGACCACGGGGUGGCUCUCCUCCAAUGUUCUAGGUCGUUAUGGACAAGGACCAUGGUCGAACCAAGUUGUGAUUCCCACAUCCACAUCCAAAUCUGUCUUGUCAUUCGCUCAGUCUAACUGGAUAUGGUCGUCCGAAAGUAAUCCUCUCCUAGCUCCACCCGGAUCCCGAGCAUUUCGAAAGACGUUUACGGCGCCUAGCGGAAAGACGCUUCAAUCUGCUACAAUCCUGAUUACAGUGGACGAUGGUUUUGACUUGUAUGUUAACGGGGACUCUGUUGGGGUCUCACCCAACGAAACGGAUAUCUGGAAGUCAGCACAGAAGUUCACCGUUAAUGUAUCUGGCUCUUCCGCCUUAUUUGCUGUUCUAGCAAAAAAUACACCUGACCCAACUUCUGGCGGUGGUAAUCCAGCUGGUGUUCUGAGCGCCGUACAAAUCACUUUCACCGACAAUUCAACACAAACAUUUGUGUCAGACACUACAUGGCGAGUUAAUUCCGCUGUUCCAGACGGAUUUGAACUUCCCUCCACAGACGACUCCUCUUGGCCAUUUGCAACUUCCAUCGGAUUGUAUGGAAUAAAUCCGUGGGGUACUCAAGUCACAAUAUCAGAAUCUCUCACAGAACAUCCUGCCCCGCUCCUCCGCAAAGAGUUUACUGUCUCCAAACCCAUUUCAUUUGCACGACUAUACUAUGCUGCGGGUGGUUAUGCCAGCAUUACUAUCAACGGCGCUCCAGCCUCCGAUCAUGUCCUGACUCCAGGAUUCACCAAGUACGAUACUGAACUUCAAUACGUCGCCCUUGAUGUUCAUUCUCUUCUCCAAUCCGGCACAAAUGCGAUAGGGGCCGAGCUGGGCCGGAGCCAUUAUGGUGUGACCCAGGGAAGUGUCUGGAAUUGGAAUUCUGCGCCAUGGCACGGUGAACCACGAGUUCGAAUGGUUCUUUCGAUUGGAUUCACGGAUGGGACGUUGUCAAGAGUCGUCACUGAUGAAACUUGGCAGUUUAUUGACGGUCCUACACGCCUGGAUGACGUCUUUGGAGGGGAAAACUUUGACGCGAGUUACAUACAGCAUGGUUUUGACUCACCUGGAUUUAACGCGUCGGCAUGGGGUCAAGCAGCAAUCAUGUCGGCUCCAUUGGGCACACUCGUCAAUCAAAAUCAGCCUCCCACGCGUGUCGUGCAAAGCUUGCUUCCAGUAAACAUCACUCAACCUCAAACAGGAAUCUUCGUCGCCCAUUAUGAGCGUGUAGUCGCGGGGUGGGUCAAACUAACAGCGUCCGGGCCUGCGAAAACGCUUAUCACCAUCCACUUUGGAGAGAAGUUGAAUCCAGACGGAACAGUAAUUUAUCAGGAUACCCAGCAUUAUUAUGCAAACAACUUCCAAACAGACCGGUUUUGGUUGGCUGGAACUGGAUCUGCAGAGGUAUUCGAACCGAAGUUCAGCUAUAAGGGAUACCAGUAUGUCCAGAUUGAAGGAUGGCCUACGAACUCCCCGCCGCCGACCGCCGCAGAUGUUAUUGGACGUGUUGUUCACGACGAUCUUACGUAUCGCGGGGGGUUUCAAUCGUCCAGUGACCUCCUCAAUAAAAUGCAUAAAGCAGCCGUAUACACGCUUCUUAACAAUGUCCAUAGUAUCCCUACUGACUGUCCGACAUUUGAGAAGAACGGUUGGACUGGUGAUGCGAUGCUGGGCACGGAAAUGUUCCUUGUCAAUCUAGAUUCCCAAGACCUUUUGGCGAAGUAUGUGAGAGAUGUUGAUGAAAGUCGCCCAAACGGAUCUGGUCCACCUGCCGUCAUCGCACCAGAUAGUGGAUGGGGUGCAAAUAACCAAGCACCUACCUGGCACUCUGCAUUUAUCUUCAUCCCUUGGUGGAUAUACCAGUAUCGAGGUGAUGAGAGGAUCCUGGCAAAUCAUUACGAUAGCAUGAAGAACUAUGUCAACUUUGAACUAGGCCGCUCUCCAAACAACAUUGCUCAAACUUCACUGGGUGAUUGGGAUACGCCGGAGACAAGUCCCUUGGGAGGUAAUCCACCAGAGGAUUCUCGAGUAUCUGCAACAGCCUUCCUAUAUCAGAUGCUAACCGUCAUGGGUGAAAUCGCUACAGUACUCAACAAGUCAUCAGACGCGUCAACAUUUUCGACUCAGGCACAGAAUGUUAAGGGUGCAUUCAACAACGCUUUCUUAAACCCUACCACUGGAUACUACACCGGCGUUGGAGAUUCGGGAUACCGUCAAACACAUAACAUUCUCGCCCUUGCAUUUGGUCUUGCCCCCAAUACGAGCAUUCAAAAAGUUGCGGAUAGCAUAUCACAGGACAUUUCCUCCCGCGGAACGCAUCUCAAUACAGGAGCUCUUGGGACAAAAUUCCUACUCCCCGUGCUAACUGACUUUGGCCACGGAGAUACCGCGUUUGCUGUAUCGCAACAAACAACGUUUCCUAGUUGGGGAUAUUGGAUUGAAAAUGGCGCAACCACCAUGUGGGAGCAUUGGUUAUUGACCGCUCGCUCUCACGAUCAUCUAUUCCUUGGUACAUUUGAAGAUUGGUUAUACAAGCAUGUUGCCGGUAUUCAGGCAACCGCGCCUGCCUUUGAGAUUGUCAAAAUCUCUCCAUUACUGUCUUCUCCUCUCAAUGCCGCUAGCGCAUGGACUAUGACACCGUUUGGUAAUCUCAGCGUCGCCUGGACCAAAGACUCAACACGGACAACUGUUAACGUUGUUGUUCCUGUUGGGGUCACGGCUGUAAUUAGCAUUCCCGGUGCCAACAAUGUCACUGUUGGUUCCGGAACACAUACUUUUUUGUCCUCAAAUUAA